AUGUUGAUCUUCAUCAUUGGAGGCUUGGUCAUCCUGGGGUACUGCUCGCAGGCCAGCAACGAGCGCACCUACCAGGAGGUGGUGUGGGCUGUGUGUGGGAAGGUGCCUGGUGUCCUCUGCGAGGUGGCCAUCGCCGUCUACACCUUCGGCACCUGCAUCGCCUUCCUCAUCAUCAUCGGAGACCAGGAGGACAAGAUCAUUGCUGCUCUGGUGACAGAGCCCGGGGAAGGUGGGAGCAGCCGCUGGUACACGGACCGCAAGUUCACCAUCAGCGUCACUGCCUCCCUCCUCAUCCUGCCCCUCUCCAUCCCCAAGGAGAUCGGCUUCCAAAAAUAUGCCAGCUCCUUGAGUGUGAUUGGCACCUGGUAUGUCACAGCAGUCAUCAUCAUCAAGUACAUCUGGCCCGACAAGGAGCUCACCCCUGUGGAGAUCCCCACCAGCCCCUCCACCUGGACAGCUGUCUUCAAUGCUGUGCCCACCAUCUGCUUUGGAUUCCAGUGCCACGUCAGCAGCGUGCCCGUCUUCAACAGCAUGAGGCAGCCAGAGGUGAAGACCUGGGGGGCGGUGGUGACGGCGGCCAUGGUGAUCGCUCUGUUCGUCUACACGGGCACUGGAGUCUGUGGCUUCCUGACUUUUGGAGCUGGCGUGGAUCAGGAUGUCUUGCUGUCCUACCCUUCCAACGACAUCCCUGUUGCCCUGGCCAGGGCCUUCAUCAUCCUCUGUGUCCUCACCUCCUACCCCAUCCUGCACUUCUGCGGCCGGUGGCUCCGUUACACGGGGGUGAGAGUGGAGGAGGACGUGGUUCGGGAGCGGAGGAGGCGGCUCCUUCAGACCCUCAGCUGGUUCCUCCUCACCCUGCUCCUGGCGCUUUUCAUCCCCGACAUCGGCAAAGUCAUCUCGGUCAUCGGGGGCUUGGCUGCCUGUUUCAUCUUUGUCUUCCCGGGGCUCUGCCUGAUUCAAGCCAAGCUCUCUGAAAUUCAAGAAACCAGGGCAAUCAGCUGGUGGGCCCAGGUCUGCUACGGGGUCUUCAUGGUCACCCUGGGAGCCUUCAUCUUUGGACAGACAACUGCCAAUGCCAUCUUCGUGGAUCUCACAGCCUGA